AUGGGCAAGCGCAAGUCCUCCUCCAAACCCCAAGGGCCCAAGAAGCGGGAACCCCUUUCAACCACUUUCGCCUGUCUGUUUUGCAAUCAUGAGAAUUCGGUCAUCGUUAAGCUAGAUAAGAAACUUGGCCUCGGCGACCUGUCCUGCAAAGUUUGUGGCCAGAAGUUCCAAACUGGUAUCAAUUACCUCUCCGCCGCCGUUGAUGUCUAUUCGGACUGGGUAGACGCGUGUGACGCGGUUGCCAAGGACACCGCGAACCAAUAUGACGGGGCAGUCAGCUCGCAGGUAGCUACUCGCAAACAGGGCCCUCCAGCCGGCGUGGCACCAGGAGACGGCUUCGAGGAAGAGGACUAUUGA